ACACUCACAUAGAUUUUCUAUGAAAUAGAAUAUUAUUUCUGAUGUAAUCAUUUCUUCGAUCGUCAUAAUAAAAAAUAAUACAAUACUUGUGUGUUGGUUGGUACUCAUCUUACCAGUUCAUCGAAUACAUACAUACUUGGAAGGAUCAUCUAUCAGUCACUAAAAUAAUAUCUCUACAAUUUCAUCAUUAAUAAAUAAUUCACUAUCUAUCUAUCUAUGUAUCCUUGUAUAAUUCUUAUCAAUCAAAUAGAUUGGAUUACAAUGCUUCUCAUUUAGAGAAAUAGAAGUUGUUGUUUUUUAUAUUUUAAGAAGAGUAUUAACUUACUACUUAUAUAGAAAAUAGACAAAAAAGAUAAAUAAAUAAUUAAACAAAAGGAUAUCAUAAUGCACAAAGUGGUCAACUUUCAGAAUACCGCUUAUAUUAAUCAGCCUCACCAUCAUCAUCAUCGACAACAACAACCAGAACAGGAGAAUGGUGAGUUGAACACCACUCGACCAGCCUACAUCAAUACACCAAAUCUAUACACCACUGACAGUCAUCGUGUAGAUACUACUAUCAAUGCUACUAACACUCCUAUAAUUACAACUACCUCUACGAGUACUACUAUUAUUAAUAAUAAUAAUGAUAAUGAUACUUUGGUCAAUAUCAAUUUACCCCUGGAGAUUAACACUUCAAAUAAUGAAUUAUUUUGUAAUAAUAAUAAUAAUAAUGAUAAUAAAGCAUUUGAGUAUACUCCAUUCCAGCCGUUGACUACAUUGAAUUAUUUAAAUGAAUUUACUACUACUACUGCUCCUACAAAUCAGUGUGUUUCGUAUCCAACGAGCUCUCUUCAACAUCACUUACAACAGAAUACUUUCAAUUAUGAUUAUGGACAAUAUAGUAAUGAUAGUUAUUAUAGUCAACAACAAACUGCAUUAACUGCACAUAUUCAUACUACUCACAAGAAUGAUUAUAUCAGUAGUAGUUGUAGUAGUAGCAGUUGUGGUGGUGGGGGUGGUGCUGGUGUUGGAGGUGAUCCUAUGUCUUUGUCUUCUACAUUAACUUCAGUGAUUAAUAAUAAUAAUAAUAAUAUUAAUACUAGGAGGACUACAGAAACUCGCACUUCUACAACGCCUAUUCCUAGUACUACUUCUACUAUUAUUACUACUACUAACAAUGAUAAAAGUAGUGAUAACAACAAUAAUAAUAAUAGUGGAACAAAUAGUUUCUUUUUUAAUGAAGUCCAAAUUAUUUGUAUUUGUGAAACACUCCAGCAACGUGGUGAUAUUGAACGACUGGAGAUAUUUUUACAAACUUUACCAAAAUGGAAUACACACAUUCACUAUCUGGAGUGUAUCCAAGUGGCGAAAGCAAUUAUUGCAUUUCAUCAUGAACAGUAUACCCAAUUAUAUCAUAUUCUUGAAAGUCGUAAUUUCUCCCCGGCAUAUCAUACACGCCUGCAAAAUUUAUGGUUACGUGCACAUUAUGCUGAAGAAGAAAAAUUAAAGGGGAGGACAUUAGGUGCUGUAGCUAAAUAUCGUAUUAGGCGUAAAUUUCCACUUCCGCAUACAAUAUGGGAUGGUGAAGAGACAAGUUAUUGUUUUAAAGAGAAAUCACGUAAUCUCUUAAGAGAAUGGUAUCAUCAAAAUGCUUAUCCAUCACCAAGAGAUAAACGUCAACUAGCUGAGAUUACAGGCUUGACAAUAACACAAGUAUCGAAUUGGUUUAAAAAUCGUAGACAACGUGAUCGAGCAACGGAUACAACAACAGGGAAUGUAACUCCGCCAACAAUAACUAUGACAACAUCACCACCAAUAAUAACAACAACAACAACAACGGCAACAACAAUGAUGACGAAUUCAUCGCCCACGUCAACUAUUACACUAAUGUCUACAAGUAUACCAAUGUCUGGAGUACCAUCGUCAGCAUUAGGUUUGUCAAGUAGAGGAAUUAUGAUGCAAGCAGAUAUAAAUGAAUGCGAUUCAUGUGUUGAAUUACAUACAGAAAGGAAUAGAAGCAAUGAAACUGUGGAGAAAAUAAACAAUGAAACAUAUGGAGGAAUCGAUUCAGAAUCUGAAGGUGAUCCUUUAGCAUAUAGAUACAGCUCAAGUGGGAGCAACCACCUUCAUCAUCUUCAUCCUAAUCAAUAUCAGAAUGUCCGACAACUCACAUCAAUGGAUUCUAUGUCAAAUCCGCUGAUUACUGACGACAGGAUCACGGAUCAUUCAAAAAUGAAUCAGUUCAUUAUUGACGAAUUAAAUACAAUGAAACAUAUGAAUAAUAAAAAUAUAUCUAACAAUUCGAUGAACAGGCAAUACUAUAAUCCCCAGCUAACGAACAAUAAUUUCCAAUCACAAGGUCAACUUAACAAUUAUUUCCGUCUUCAAGAUUUCCCAACAUUUUCUCAUAAUAGUAACAAUAACAAUGGUAAUAGUUUGAAUGAAAUACCAACAAUUAUCAAUAGACAACCUAUCAAUUCAAAUUAUCCGCUAACACAUUCAAUGUCCAAUAGUAACGAAAAGACAAGAUUUGAACAAGAAACCAUUCAACCAAUGAAUCCAUUCUUAUCUUAUGUUGUACAUGAUUAUGAGAAAAGUGUUUUAAAUUUAAUGUCACAAGAAUUAGGCAACACUAUGCCCACUUCAUCAUAUCCAUCGAAUACAAUAAAGUUAUUGCCAACAUCGAAUUCAUCUUCAUUCAGUUUAAAUGAUAAUCAUGUUAAUUUAAACAAGAAAACAUGUUCAUGGAUAAAUUAUCCUAUAAACGAAGGUGGAUAUGACGAAAGCUGUGUAAAUUAUACGCUCAGUAAUAACAACAAUAAUAUAAAUUCUGUAAUUCCUUCCAUUUUAACCACACACUCAGUAUUAAAUAACUCACCAUCACAGAUGACAACAGUGCAUAACACACUAGUAUGGUCUACAAAUCAAGACGUUAAGCACACGAGAGCUUCUUCAUUCAUCCCUCAAAAUUAUCCUUCAACAAUUGAUGAAAGCUCAUGUGAUGAAAGUUUAAGUGAUGAUAACAAUAAUAAUAAUAAUACUAAUCCCAACAGUAGUAAUCAUCAGUACUAUCAGUCACAUAUGUUAUAUCCUCCACAAUUAAAUUCAUUUAAUCCAUAUAUUCAAACCUCUUCAAUUAAACCACCCACUGGCAUAAUAUCACAUAAUAAUAAUAAUAAUAAUAUUGAUUAUUUUAAUGAAAAAAUCGAUUUAACCAAUUUAAAUUCAAGGAUUCAAUAUCCUAUUGACAAUGAUACUAUUGAAAAUCAGACUAAUUUAACGCCAUUAGUAAAACAAACUGUAAAUCAUAAUGAUUUCAAUAAUAGUAAUAUCACUACUACUACUACUACUACCGCGCAAUUCAAUAUUGAAGGUAACACUACUUUUUCAAAUUGUACACAUGAUCAAACAUUUCGACAAUGGUUGAAUGAUUCCCUGACAGUAAGCCAAGUGAAUCAUUGCACAGAUAAUUGUCGUAUACCUGUUCUUCUAUGCCCGAGAAGUAUGUAAUUAUUGUUGUAAUAUUGUGUGUAGAAAUAUAUUUUUUUCUUCUUCUGAAAACGAUGUAUCUAUUGAUUUUAUUGUGAUUUAUUUUCCUCACCUGAACAAUGAGUAAUAAAUAACUUUCCACCGCCUAUACUUUUGAAAGCAUUAAAAUAUUCGUCGUUUGAACGGUCUUUCUUGUAUCUUGUACAAUAAAUGUUGUCACAAUCACAUUACUAUUUAUUGUUAUUUAGAUUGUAAGAGUAAAAAAAACAAAUGAGAUAUUUAUGCACUAUAGUUUCAUAAA